ACUUGGAUUUUUACAUUUUUUAAGUUUUAGUUUUAAAAAUCGGUGGCUCAGUGUUUAGCACUGUCGCCUCACAGCAAGAAGGUCGCAGGUUUGAGUCCAGGCUGGGUCACUUGGCAUUUCUGUGUAGAGUUUGCAUAUUACAAUAUUUAAUUUAAAAAUAAAGACUAAAUCAUGGAGGCUGUUUUGCAGCAGCUUCAGGUUUUUUCAUAUUUUUAAAGUUCUUUGUUUUAUGAAUUUAACAGAUAUUUUGAACUUUUAUUAUGACAAUAAAUGCUUGACUUUUUAUUAUCCAUUAAAAUGCUGAUGGAGAAUGAGGAAGAAGAAACUGCAUGCGCUGACAAGAUCAGAGGGCGGUCAAUUUAGUUCACAUUUUGCAGAAAUGAAACAAUUGCAGUUUUUUUUCAGCAGCUUUUUUUUUCUUUCCUCAAUUUUACUGCCCAGAAUCAGAGAAAGAAGUGUAAAAUUUACAACGAGACACUGGAUUAGGAUGCAGCCAUCAGCUUUCUUUACCUUUCUUUGCGCCGUUCUGCUUCCCUUUGCUUUCGGUCAGGAUGAAUGUGUGAUGCAUGGAAGAAACGGCGCGGAUGGACCAAAUGGGAGACACGGCCUGCCAGGACUAAAAGGAGAGAAAGGAGAGCCAGCUUUGCAGGAUAAGCUGAGCAGAAUCACCCUUGAGGAGCUGAAAGGAGACAUAGGGGUCCGCGGUCCUCCAGGAGAACCUGGUGAAAAGGGUUUAAUGGGUGCUAUUGGCCCAUGGGGGCCGCUUGGUCCUGCGGGUCCAAGAGGAUCCAGUGGAGGCGCUGAUAGAGCCAAAGCUAUUGAGAAACCUGCUUUCUCUGUACUGCGAAAUGAAGCAAGCCAGGCUCAAUAUAAACAACCUGUCACCUUUAAUGUUAUGCUUAGCAAUGUCAAUAAUGAUUUCCAAAUUGAAACUGGUUAUUUUACUUGCAAGGUUCCAGGGGUGUAUUAUUUUGUGUUUCAUGCAUCAUCUAAUGGUCGAUUAUGUCUCAGACUUAAGAGUACAAGUGCGUCUCCAGUAAGCCUGAGUUUCUGCGACUUUAACUCAAAAUCAGUCUCUCUUGUUGUGUCCGGUGGAGCCGUGCUUACAUUAUCAAAAAGUGAUAAAGUCUGGAUUGAGCCUUUCUCUGAGACUGGUGGUGCUGGACAAAUGCCCAAAAGCUUGUAUGCAGUGUUCAAUGGGUUUUUAAUCUAUCGCAAUGCAGAGUAGAGUUAUUAAUAAGAAUACAAUACCUGAAAUAUUGGUUACUGGACCCUGCUGAUGGUAUAUUUUACUGUCGCAGUGAUACUUGCAAUUUAAAUAAUAAAUGAAAUUCUAAUUGCUCUGCUGCAUGCUAUAUUAAAAUUCUUGUAUUUGUGUAUCAUUAAAACAGUAUUGUUGUUUUUGCUGAAUGUCUUCAAUUUCAAAUUCCAAAUAAAAGCAUAUGACUGUA